GCUUCAAGCGGAUUUGCCACCGGUGGAAGAGUAUGUCUGCCCUGGACCUACUUGGUCACUUCCGGAAAGGGUAAUUCCAAGUUUGGCCAAAGUAUAUCUGGAGCAGGAGGCUGCUUGUGUGUGUAUGGGAGAGCGAAUUGAAUACGAUGAGCAAAUCCCAACCAGUGGCAUGUAUCGACCUAUCUGGGCAGCAUAUGGAGAAUACUUGUAUGUCCCUCCCCAGCGCUGGGUUCACAAUCUGCAGCGAGGUGGGGUAGCGUUCCUUUAUCAUCCGUGUGUGCACCCCAGAUUGAAGGAGGAGCUCUCCCUACUGGCGAGAGCGUGCAAGUACCAGCACAUCAUCACUCCACAUCUCAAUCUAAGUCAGCAAUGGCCUCUGGCCUUGGUUACAUGGGGUAAAAGUUUGGAAAUGUCAACGAUUAACUUGGCAGAAGCUGUUUCUUGGCUGAGGGAGAAUGUAAACCUGGCUCAUAGCUCGGAAAUGGAGGAUGAUGGUGCUUACAAUUAUCUGCUGAUCAGGCGAGCAAAGCUGAUGUCAGCCAGUAAUGAUCGUGUGACCUGUCGUGAAAACCAAAUGAAGGAACUGCAACACUACUUUAAGAAAAGUAAACUUCAGUCAGCAGUAAGAAAAGGGAAUAAUAAAGUUGGAGUAAACAUGCUCAGCAAAGGACUGCAUGUGAUCUUCAGGCGGAGAAGAAAUUCCUCUCAGCUCCGAGAACCCACUCAACCCAGCCGACUCGAUGAUAGAACUUCUUCCACAGCAGAAAUUUCUUGGAAGAAGCACGAGGGAUCAAUGAGGAAUGUGUCCAUUGUGAAUCAAUCAGCAAAUCUAAUGGGAGAGCCCAGUGGACCAGCAGGAAUUACUGGGAACCAGGAGACAAGAAAGGGAAACAAUGAAGUUGGAGGGGAACAGAACACGAGAAAUAACUUGACAUCUACGACACCUGGAAGUAAAGCUCACCAACAGACCUUUCUACGCAGCAGUGUGGCCAAGCUGGAGAAUUCAACUGAGUUCAUUGCUGAACAGCUAAAUUCUCAUCAGCAGAACCAAGUGUACAACACAUCAGAUUCUUCACUGGAUUCACAAGUGAAAGCUCAGAGGACCGAGAGUUCUGCACAAGAACACAUCAAAAGUGGUUCUAGUAUUACUAACAGGGCUAAUCACGAAAUCCGAGAAAACCCUCUCAUGAAGGAGCAGCGGAUAGUUAAAAUUAUUGCUAAUAGUAAUCAUGUUUCUGACAGUAGAGCUGUCAAUGAGGACACAGGUCAAAUACCUCAGAAUGGAAGCAAAGUGAGUGGUGAAAAUGCAAAACCCCUACAGCCUUCAGAAAUCUCUUCCAAAAUUGAAAUAGACAGUGGAGAAGUGGGCAGUGACAGAACAGUCCAAAAAGUGGAGGUGAAGGAACCAAAUAUCCCAAAGAGUAAUAAGACAGUGAUCCCAAAUGCUCAGGAUGAUCACAAUGAAACUGCAGCAGUAGAUUCUGUGAAGGCGAACUGCAAAUGUGAAGAUACAGCUUCUCAGAACAUACAGCCUGCGCCUGGUCGUGCAGAUUCAAAUACUUUAAAGGCAGGGAUUCUUGAGAAAAUUCAACACCGUGAAGAAGAUAGGACAUUGUACAUCCCCACACCACGAACAGAGGAGGCAGCCUGGGCUGCAGCAGCCCUUGCAUUCCUCUUUGUGUUCCUCACACUGGCAGUGUUAUACACCAGGCUGUACAGAAAAUUUAUAAAGAGUGACAGUUUAUACUGGACACCAGUUCCAGCCAUUGAUGGACACGAAACUGUAGCAGAUGUGAUAAAGAGGAGACUCACUAGGUUUAGCAAGAGGAGGAAAAAAAGGCCACUGUACAAAAAGAAAUCUAUUUCACCUUAUGAUGUUCUUUCAAGUGACAACAGUGACUGAUGCUACCAAAGAUAUUAUUUAGCACUACAAUUCCAUUAGUUGGUCUGAUUUCGGCAGUAUAGAUGUUUACUGCAAUUAAGAGGUAGAUCUACAAAUAUGCAAAGCAGAAAUGCUGGAAAAAGUGCUGAAGAUGACAAAGAAAUUUUGUAUUUUAUUGAACCUUUGUAGCAGUUACUUUGUUUAAUCUGUAAAUCAUGUAUUGUCAAAUGUAAUUACGGAAGACUGUACAGAUGAUCCUCAGUGCUGUUUCAUAACUUUUGUAAUCUCACUGUAAUAUAAAGCACAAAUUUACACAGGCACUGCCUGUAUAUUUGAACUAUACCUGAUAGACAAAUGAUAAUGCAGUUGACAGCAAACCUCAAAUCAUAUCCUUUCUGAACCUGCAAUAUGCAAGUUUCCCCUUGAUUUGCUUCUGUAAUUCAUUGAUGGCUUUGGGUCUUUCACUUGGAACAAGAUUAAACUUUCAAAAUUUUACUUCCUAAUGCAUUAUAAAAUGAACUACCAAAUUGCGUCAUCAUGUUCAGCGUUUUAAAACUGCUAAAAUGUAACUAAACUUACGCAAGAUAAAAAGGAACAGGAGAAAAUGGGGCAACAGUAUAGAGAGAACCUCAAACACCAGCAUGAUCUGGAUUUUGUGGUUAGAUAAUAUCAAAUUUUAAGAGCUGGUGAGUCCCACUAAAUAGAUUAAUAUAGAAUCAAUUCCUGCUUGUUUCAAUACCUGACAACCUUAAGAACACAUUUAUUGUAAAUAACUUGCUAGGACACAGAAACAUUGUUGUCACAACAAGAUUUUUUUUUUCUUUCUGUGUGCAUGUGUGCCAGUCUUGGCACUCAAAGAUUAAUGACUGAGCCAGCUGUACCAACCUGGUUUUGUCCAAAUUCUUAAAGGAAAAGUAUUCAAAAGCUACAAAACUAAACACAAUGCUUAAAUUCCUGAUUUUUUUUUAAAAAGAAAUGGAAUCAUUUUUGCCAUAAACUAUGACCUCAGUCACUUCCAGGGAAUAUCAUUAGGUUAUGAACCAAUCAUUUAGAAAGGAUUGUGAUCUCACUUCAGAACUGACGGUUGCAUCAUUGAGUGUGAUGGAGCAACUGGGUCAAAUACAGUCAUCUAAUGAAAAUUAAAGUGGUAAUCAGAAAUUCUGCUGGUCAGAUUUUUGUUGUACUUAUUUUCACCACCUGCUAAAGCAUAUCUCCUUGUGCUUUAAAAAACAAACACAAGAUCUAAUUUUUCUGAUAUGAAAAUCUCCAGAAAACAGGUUUUUCAUAUCAAGUUCUGCAACUUGGUGUGGGCACACAAGAAAAUAUCAUCACUCCCUUAAAGAAUCUCUGGUUGCAAAAUAGAUUUCUGUUUGUAGAGUGAAAAAUUAUUUUUGUAUGAUUGUAUGUGAAGGGCUAAAUUAAAAGCUCCAGUGGAGAGAGAGUAAUCUUAUGGGGUUUUAACUACAGGGCAGAAUAACAAUAGGUGUGUAAUCUUAUUCAUAUUUCCAACAAAAUGAGUGUAGCAUCGUGUGGUAGACAAACCUAAUUGGACAUGGGAUUCACCAAGCACGUUUAAAUGAUUUGCCAGUUUAACACAGUAGUAUCAGACAUGAUUCAUUUUCAGCCAUACCCUGGUUCCUCUUGUCCAACAGGUAUAAAUGGUACAAAUCUACGGACAAUGAAAUGUUUGAAACAAAUUCUGCAGUUAUACACACAUUUGUCAGAAGUAGAAGUCAAUUACUGCUGUAAAUAUAAAUGUAUAGGAAAGUGGCUCAUCAUUCAGAUCUGCAUAGAAAUUUUCAAUUAUUGGGAAGUCUUACGUAAACUAUGGUACUUUGGGAGCAAUGAGUGUAAAGUUCAUGGGAUUUCUUGUUGGACGAUAUGACACAUCAAACCAGUUUUCUUAGUGAUUGAUCUAGAAGUAAAACAUUAGUAAUUUUUCUGUACGAUAUAUGAUUUUCCAGAAAUUAAAAUUUUAGAGUUUACUUGA